AAAAGGCAGAGGGAGGUGAGGGUCAACACUGGAGACCGUAAGAAGGCAACAGUGAGGGGCAGAGAGCGGCGGCCGGAGGCUUAAAAGCCGGGCGAAGGUGGUGGUUGGAGUCCAGUCCCAGUCCGCCCGGCAGGAGAACGGAGCCACAAGGAGCGCGGGGGACAGUCGUGGAAGGAGAUGAUAAGGGCCUGUGUCCGGGAGGGAGACAGCUCCCGGGUCACAGGAGUCCCUAUCGGGCUGGCGUUUCCUCCCCCUCCCUGAGCCCUUCCUGCCGCCCGCCCGAGCAGGCCCUCCCUGGAGUUGGAAGAGCAAAGGACAGUCACCGUGGCAGCAGCUCUGUGCCUUCGGAGGUCUUUGCGCUGGCCCGCCCCCAUGCCUCUCCUCCUGUUGCUGCUGUUGCUGCCGAGCCCUUCCCGCCCCCAGUCCGUCUGCGAGGUCUCCCAGGUGACCAGCCAGGUGGAAGUGAACUGUGACAACCGGGGGCUCAAGGCACCGCCUCCCGACCUGCCGGCCGACACGGCCAUCCUCCGCCUGGGCGAGAACCCCCUGGGCACCUUCUCCAUGGCCUCCCUGCUGCCUCUGACCCGGCUCGCCCAGCUGCACCUGAGCCAAAGCCAGCUGACCCACCUGCAGAUGGACGGGACGCUGCCCGCGCUGGAGACCCUGGACGUCUCCCACAACAAGCUGCGAAGCCUGCCCCCGCUGGGACAGGCCCUGCCGGCGCUCAACACCCUCGACGCGUCCUUCAACGAGCUGACCUCGCUGUCCCAUAGUGCCCUGGACGGCCUGAGCCAACUCCACGAGCUCUACCUGCGUGGCAACAAGCUGAAGAUGCUGCCGCCCGGGCUCCUGGCGCCCACCCCCCGGCUGAGGAAGCUCAGCCUGGCCGACAACAAGUUGAACGAGCUGCCCCCCGGGCUCCUGGAAGGACUGGAGGAGCUCGACACCCUGUACCUCCAGGGGAACUGGCUGCGGACCAUCCCGAAGAACUUCUUUGGGGACCUCCUCCUGCCCUUCGCUUUCCUGCACGGCAACCCCUGGUCCUGCGACUGCGAAAUCCUCUACUUCACUCGCUGGCUGCAGGACAACCCCAAUAACGUCUACUUGUGGAAGGAGGGAGUAGACGUCAAGGCCAUGACCCCCAACGUGGAAAGCGUGCGAUGCAUCAACUUGGCCAACACACCCGUCUACACCUACCCGGGGAAGGGCUGCCCCACCCUCGGGGAUGCGGACAUAGGCUAUGACGAGUAUGAGGACGAGGACCCCUUCACCACGGCUGGGAUCACGCUCUCCACCAACACCAAAGCCCGCACAACCCACUGGCCCCCACUCUACCCAACGUCUGAUUAUCCACACAGCCAGACGCCCUAUCUGUCUUCUACCCAAGAGUCCACUGAGAGUCAGAAUACAUCCGUGACCACCCCAGAACCCACGACGACCCCCCCCACCACGGAGCCCCCCACGACCCCCACCACCACGACCCCCCCCACCCCAGAGCCCCCCACGACCCCCACGACCACAACCUCCCCCAGGACCUCCCCCACCCCGGAGCCCCCCACGACCCCCACGACCACAACCUCCCCCAGGACCUCCCCCACCCCGGAGCCCCCCACGACCCCCACGACCCCCACGACCACAACCUCCCCCAGGACCUCCCCCACCCUGGAGCCCACCACGACCCCCACCCCCACGACCUCCCCCACCCCGGAGCCCACCAUACCCCCCACCACCCCAACCACCUCUGAAAUAACCACAUUCUUAACCACCCCCAAAGCCACCUCAUUCCUUACGACCCGGCCACGUGCCACAACUACCCUCCCAGAGGCUCAAGGGGUAGCUCGAGAGAAUGCACGCAGCCCCAGAAAUGACCCUUCCCUCGGCCGGGACGCGUGCUGCCUCCUUCCCCUGGGCUUCUACGUUUUGGGUCUCCUCUGGCUUCUGUUUGCUUCCGCGGUCCUUAUCCUGCUACUGGCCCGGGACCGCCGUGUGACGCCACAGGCCCCGGCCACAGCCACAUACACCACGCAUCUGGAGCUGCAGAGGGGGAAGCAAGUGCCCGUGCCCCGCGCCUGGCUCCUUUUCCUUGCAGGCUCACUGCCCACUUUCCGCUCCAGCCUCUUCCUGUGGGUGCGGGCUAACGGCCGCGUGGGGCCUCUGGUGGCAGGACGGCGGCCCUCAGCCCUGAGUCUGGGUCGUGGUCAGGACCUGCUGGGCACGGUGGGCAUUAGGUACUCUGGCCACAGCCUCUGAGGCUGGGGGGUGUGGGGACCUUGAGAGGCUGUGAUGUGACGGCUUUCCUGUCGGGAUCUAGCUUGGGGGGUGGGGGGGGUAAUUACUUUUCCUUUAUCCGAAGCCUCUUCUCCAUAGCACGGGCACAACCUCGGCAAAGCCGCGGGGGUGGUGAGAUGCGGGAGCCAGGAGCUCAUAGAACAAGGCUCCCCACGCUGUGGCAGGGGAGGGUCCCAGACCGCUAGGCUAUUGCCAUCACCUUGGGGACGCUUCAGGAAAAAGGAGAUGCACCAAUCAGCACUCUCACACGUGUGUACUGAAAAGACCUGGAAAGAGACAUAUCGAGAUGGGAGCCUGGGGCGCCUGGGUGGCUCAAUUAGUUAACACUCAGCUCACAAUAUCGCGGUUCGUGAGUUUGAGCCCCGCGUCGGGCUCUGUGCCCGACAGCUCGGAGCCUGGAGCCUGCCUCGGGUUCUGUGUCUCCCUCUCUCUCUGCCCUUCCCCUGUUCACGCUCUGUCUCUGUCAAAAUAUAAACAUUAAAAAAAAUGUGAGCCCUGAUGACCCCUGGGUAGCAUAAA